UGAGCAGAAAGGGAGGCAUGGUUCUUGCUCAGAAUAUCCUGCGUACUGCUUGCAGCCGCAGAUCAUAUGUGUUCCCAAAACGCCUCUCUUAUUGUUAUUGUUAUUUGAAGCAUCCUCCUAAUCCUAUUACUAUACAAAACCUCCAAAUCCCUUCCUCUUUUUCUUCUCUUAAACCCACUCCUACCUCCUUUAUUCCUAUUCGCUUCCUUAUCACCACCGCUUCUACUUUAAGUCAAGACCACCACGACCAACACCCAGUUCACUAUGAAGAAGAAACUGAAGAGGGAGAAACCACAGAUGGGUGGGAAGAGGAGGAUGAGGCCGAGCCUGAGCUUGGUGAUGGAGGGGAUGGGGGUGGAGUGGUGUUGCAAGGUGUCUCUUGGGGUGAACGGGCUCUAUCUAUUGCCCAUGAGGUCUUGUUGCUGUUUGGCAAUGACAUUAAACUCUAUGCUUUCAAGACUACUCCUCGUGGAUAUGUCUAUGUGAGACUCGACAAACUGUCACACAAAUAUGGGUGUCCUAGCAUUGAGGAGCUUCAAAACUAUAGUCAAGAAUACAAGAAAAAACUAGAUGAGGUUGGAGCUCAAGGAGAAAUACCUGAUGAUUUGGCCCUUGAGGUAUCAACUCCAAGUGCAGAGCGGAUUCUUAAAGUACCUGAUGAUUUGAGUCGUUUUAAGGACUUACCAGUGACAGUGUGCUAUGAAGAUGCGGAGUCUGAUUGCACAGAAAAGGAUGGAGUCUUCCUGUUGGAGAACAUAGAAAUGGAUUCAGAGAGUUGUGUUUGGAAGUUGGCUGAUGUAAAGGAAAACAGGGAUCCUCAAAGUAAAGGUAGACCGCUAAGCUGUAAACGGAAGGAUUGGAGAUUGAAGUUGCCUUUUAAGGAGCAUAAAAAGGUGACUCUGUACCUUGAAUGCUGAAGAAUCAUCAAUGAGUUUGUAUCAUAGGAACUAUGCUCUUUUUACUUGAAAAGGUUGAGUAUGAAUGUAAGUCUUUAGUGGCAUUAACGGUGUGCAUACCGUUCAAAUAUUAACAGUCAGAAUAACAUGAGAUCUUAACUUGUUUUUGGUAUGGUUUCAGAAGAAUUGACAAUGAAAUGUUUUGUGUUGAGAGAAUGAAGUCUCUCUUUUCAUGUCGUUAUACAGGUGUAGAACAUCUGGGUUUGCUCAGCACAAGUGCAUAGCUGCACAAGUGAAUAUUAGAACAAUAGA